CUUGCGGGCGGACGGGGAGGUCGUGGCCGCGUCCUACAACCUGCUGCCUUCCAGAUGGGCAGAAGGGGAGGUCGUGGCCGCGUCCCACAGCCUGCUGCCUUCCCUAUGCUUUGGACCUCAACGCCCAUCAGCCCCAGCCAGCAUGGCCACUGGGCCGGGAUCCGGGGAGGCGUUGUCCGAAACAUCUGGAGCGCAGCAGCUGGCUGGGAAGGCUGAAGCAAGGAGGAGACGAUUCCUGCUUCUGGGGAGCAGAUCGGGCACCCCCCCCCCCGGACGGAGAAGUCUUCGUGGGGGGAAAUUUGUCACAGAACCGGUAAGUGGGGCGAAGAAAGCAUAUCUCUGGAGAAAGCCCCCACCCACGCCAGUUCUGAUGCGGGGUGAUUUCGGCGAGGAAAAAAUCCAGCCAGGGCACGUGUGAUUUGAAUAGCUGCGUAACAGCAAGCAAAAGUAUUACUCCGUGAACGUACUUCUCCACGGCCCCGUCUCCCUCGCAGGUCGUCAGUACGAUUCCAAGAUACAACAAGCUACCCCUGUUGGUCUUCUGCCUGUUACACAGUGGACAAUAACAUAAAUAAGGAGCUCUGUCUCAGGCUAGUGGGGCAGAAAAGUGUCUCUGAAUACAUGUGGCUUGAGGGUGGAAGGGAAGACGGGAGGAUCCCUGGGCUCAAAAGGCAAUCCGGAGCUAGGAAACUGGUUUGUAGGUGUGUUUAGUGCAAACUAAGUCAGGGGAAGGCAGAGCUUCUGGAUCAGUCGACAGUUAUCUGAGUGAUGUGACAUAGAUCAGCAAGGAUUUCUGACUCUCCAGGAGCUUCAUGGCAGGGAGCAACGAAACGACCCCUUGACAACAUGUGGCAGGCGAAAGACUGUUUGCAUAGUGCAGUUUUCCCAGGCGGAUCUAAUUCCUUAGCUCAGAAUACUUUAAUUCUGAGUGUGCAUCUUUUGCACCAGGCUCCUAUUUGUGGCUGAUCUGCAGUUUCUGGUAGCAAAUGAAGUGUACAAUCCAGAACUAUCAUGCCCUAUCCUGCAGAUGCUUUCCUGAAACAUGGUCUUGAAGUUGAGCCCUGCGUGUGUGAAGUGAUCAUGAGGACUGCAGUGUUUAAUCCAUUGAACCGGGAGGACAGAAUCAAAGGCUGUGUCACAUAAUCCAGUGUCAUAAGCUGAACACAGAUACAGUUUUUUGGGCACCUACCUCUGGGAAUCGUUUGGGAGUGAAGACAACAGACAGUUCUGCAGCUGGGAAGAGGACAGAGAAAAAUUGGUGAUACUGGAAACAGUUUUCUACCCAAAACUGGAGAUUGGGAGGUCUGAAUCCCUUUGCUUUGAAGAGGCUGCAAGUGUGGGGAUGCGAUUGUGACGCUUGGAGCGUACGAUUUUCUCACAGUUACAUGUGUGUGAUGUGUUGCAUGCAAGUGUAUGUAUCAAAAUGUGCCAAAGCACAAUGAAUUGGCUGUGAUUGCGCAUGGGAAAGUAGAGCACAGGAGUUGCUUAAUAUUGAGGCAAAAACGUUUGCGUUAGAAAGCUGUCAUUCUACAUGUACACAGCUGUGAACGGCAUAGCGAUAAGGGCAAACUUAGUUCAUGUUGAAAUGUGUAGAUGUGUGUUUAAUGUUCCGAAGAACUGUGUAAACAUGAGUACCUGUGACCAUAUGAUAGCAUAGUGGUAGAAACUCUGUGCGUAUCUGUACAAGCAUGUGGACCAUUGUGGAAGGAUGUUGACACAGGAACACACACAGCUGAUUAAGGGAUAUCUGUUAUUGUGCAAGGAGUGUGCAUACUUGCUGUAGUGCACUUUCCACUUUUUCCAGGACUACAGUUCACAAAGUAGCACACAUAAUUGUGUAAGUAGUGUGCUUUUGCUUGCACGCAUCUGAGCUGCACCUAUCAACGUGCAUAGACAAGUGUGUAGGUGUGACUUUGCAAGGGUCCUAAGUUCUUGUUGUCUGUACUGUGUGUGCACGCGCGCGUGUGUGUGUGCACGUGUUCGUGUGUUGCACAUCCUCUCUGAUGGAGAAAUCCAAAGCAGACCUAGAAUCUUCAGUGAACCCUGAAGGUGAAUGCAAUCAAGAUCUGCUUGCUGAUGAAUCUGAUUCCCGGCCUACCUGGGGCUCAAAGGCCCAGUAUAUCCUGGCUCAGGUUGGCUUUUCUGUCGGGAUUGGCAAUGUCUGGCGCUUCCCGUACCUCUGCCAUCAGAAUGGAGGAGGUGCUUUCCUGCUACUGUACCUGCUGCUCCUCUUUGUCAUUGGGAUCCCUCUCUUCUUCCUGGAGCUGGCGGCUGGGCAGAUCAUCCGACAGGGCAGCAUUGGGGUCUGGAAGCACAUCAGCCCCCGCCUGGUGGGCAUCGGCUUUGCCAGCUGUGUGGUUUGCUCCUUUGUCGCCUUGUAUUACAACGUCAUUAUUGCAUGGAGCAUUUUCUACCUGGCUAAUUCCUUCCAGUUUCCCUUGCCCUGGACUAACUGCUCAGAAACAGCCAACCAAACAGUCCCAGAAACGGAGUGUGAUGCCAGUUCUCCCACUGUCCAUUUCUGGUAUCAAAAGGCCUUGCAUGUGACCAGCUCCAUUGAAGAGAGUGGAGGCCUUAAUCCGGCUCUUACUGGCUGCCUCUUUGCUGCAUGGGUUCUAGUGUGUCUGGCCAUGAUCAAAGGCAUCAAGUCCUCUGGCAAGGUCCUGUAUUUCAGCUCUCUGUUCCCCUAUGUGAUUCUUUUCUGCUUCCUCAUCCGAGCAUUGCUGCUAGAAGGGGCAGCUGAUGGGAUCAAGAUCAUGUUCACCCCCAAGAUAUCCAUUUUGGGAGAUAUGCAGGUCUGGCGCCAGGCGGCCACCCAGGUGUUCUUCGCACUUGGCCUGGGCUUCGGCACCAUCAUCGCCUACUCCAGCUACAACUCACGCCACAACAACUGCCACACCGAUGGGCUGAUUGUGUCCGGAGUCAACUUCCUCACCUCGGUGCUGGCCACGCUGGUGGUGUUUGCCGUGCUGGGUUUUCGCGCCAACAGCAUCACGCAGAAGUGCAUUGCCAGGAAUAUGAAGCUGCUGUCCGACCUGGUCUCAAAUGGCACCAUCUCCCCUGAGAACUUCAGAAACUUCUCUGAGCUCCCUGCCAUUCACUACAGUGCCUGGUAUGAGGAACUCCAGAACGACACCAGGGAGCACCUGCAGAACUGGAAUAUCAGCAACUGCCGUGUCGAGGACGAGAUGAACAAGGGUGUGGAAGGCACAGGCCUGGCCUUCAUUGCCUUCACAGAGGCCAUGACUCUGUUUCCGACGGCUCCGUUCUGGUCCAUGAUGUUCUUCUUCAUGCUGCUGAACCUGGGCCUAAGCACCAUGCUGGGGAACAUGCAAGGGAUCAUCACCCCGUUGCUGGACAAUUUCCAGAGCCUCCGCCGUCGGCGGACCCUCUUCACAGUGCUGUGUUGUUCCGUCGGGUUCUUGCUGGGCCUGAUUUUCGUUCAACGCUCAGGCAACUAUUUUGUGACCAUGUUUGACGACUAUUCGGCCACCCUGCCCCUGCUUAUUGUUGUAGCAUUCGAAGCAUUUGCCGUAGCUUGGAUCUAUGGAGCUGACAGGUUCUUAAGUGACAUAGAAAAUAUGCUGGGUUGGCGUCCUUGGCAUAUCUACAGCUACAUGUGGCGCUUUGUUAGUCUGGGCUUGUUGUUGUGCCUCUUGCUAGCCAGUUUGGUAUUCAUGUUUCUGAAGUGGCCCACAUACCGGGCCUGGGACCCACAGACGGCAGAGGAGCAGCAGCUGGAAUAUCCGCCCUGGGCCCUGGGCAUGCUCAUAGGCCUUAUAGUCAUCGCAGCUCUUCCCAUCCCGGUCAUGUACCUCCGGCAGCUGUUGAUUGAGCGGUUUGUCCAGCAACAAGGAAACCGGCCUGGCUUGGCCAUGGCUCCUGUGCCCACGGAGGAUGAAGACGAGGCAGAAGACAAAGAUGGCCUGGCUGAUCCCAAUGUCAAGGGCAAUGGAUACUUGCUUGUCCAGGAAGAAGAAAGGCAGGACUAACUGGGAAGUCCACUGGAAUGUGCCCCAUGGAUCAUCCCGACCCUUGUGGUAUUUUUCAACAUCCUUGAUGAUGGGGGAUUUUAGACCUCUCCGGUGCUGUUCAUUUAGUGCAGAUAGCGAAGGCAGCUGCUGCAGCUAAAAAAAAGGCGUUGAGCUGACUUGAAUCAGGAUACCAGCUGUUCUGGAAACUGGGCUGCUUCCUGGUGAGUAACUCCUAGCACUGGCAAACAUUGCACUUGUGCUGUAAGCUAGACGCAACAUUGCAACAGAGGAAUACCACAUUUUUUUCUCUAUGUUCAUCCCGCUCAUUCCUUGCAAAGUUCUGGGCCUAUGAGUGGGGAAGAGAAAGGUCCAAUUCAACUGAACGGCCAUUUGAGUGGGGGGAGGGAACAAUCUGACUGACCCUUUAAAAAUGUUAAAUAAUAGGAUUACAAAUGGAUGAUGAUAUCAUAAGGAGCCUUCACAAAAUGAGGGUUAAUAAAGCAUAGCUAUUUCACUCCAGAGCUGCCCUGCUGGAUACUGACUGAGAACCUGAGUACUUUGAAAAGAAUUAAAAAGGAGUGAACUGAAGAUAAGUAAAACUGAAGUGGAAACAAUUAAAAAAAAUUAAACUUCUAGUUUGCACUACCACCAUGGAGUUCCACUGUUCUUGUGAGAGGACACUUAAAAUCUUCCUUUUAACUAUGAGCACUUGAAAAACUAAAGUGAGUUGACUUCAGAGGAUUGUCCUUGGAGGAUUAAGGAUUGCUGAGAUCCAAGAAGGCAGGGAAAGUGUAAGAUUUACUGAGGGUUGAUUGUCUGUGAAAGUGCCACAACAUUCAUUUCCCCCUGCUCUUUUCUGUACCCUUCCCAUCCUAUCAUUAUCUCCCCCACUGUCUAUUUUAACUUGUAAGCUCCUUGAGGGCAGGGACCUACGUUUGCUGAUAAUACAAACAUACAUCUUACAACCAUAUAUCUCAUAACACCGUAUUAAUUGUUGCUGUUGUCAGUCGGUUACUGAGCCAUCACAAAGGUUGCUAGCAGGAACCCCCCACCCCAAAUGCCAGUCCCUUCACUACACAACUGAAAAUUCUGCCAGGGCACCUGGUAAGACUUCACACGUGACCUGCAGUCAGUAUUUUCCAGGACCUGAUGAUGAUAUUAAGCAGCAUUUGAGUGUGCAGGCUAGCCUUGGAAACUUCAGAAAAGUGGCACCUCUCAUCUUGUCUCAAGUUACACUGUUGUUAAAAACAGAGAAGCCCCUGCCUCUAUGAGGAAUAAAGGCAGCUCUACCUGGUUCUGAUCGUGAGAACGUGCCAUACUCAGUUGGAUUCUGAAGCUGACAGUGGAUUGUUUUUAUAAUAUUCUCUAUGGGGAGUUAAUAGACAAUCUCAAUGGUUCAGUAAAUGAACUGUAUUGUUUCUAGAAUUUCUGUUAAUGUUGGUGAAAUCAUAGGAGGGAACUAAGCCUCCGCCAUUCAGGCCAUGUGUUUGGAUUUCUUCAGAGAUGAGGGAAGCACAACUUGUGGUGCACAAAUUUCCCACAAACAAGAGCAGGAUAUUCUGAUCAAAGGGAAUGUAUUUUUUUUCCUUCAAUAAAACUAUUUGGCAUUUCAA